UACAUACUCUCGCUUCUUUCAUUGCCACGCGAUUUAGUACUCCUAGCUGGCAACACUGUCAGAUUGGACCAAUUGCUGUCUAGUUUUAUUAUUCUCUAAAUCGGCCAUUUUCCCGUGUAGUUGCCAGUGAGGUGUUAAUUAUCGAAAAUGGUUGUUGAACAUCUUACCAAAAGGAAAGCCGUAAAACCCGGCCAGAAAGGCAAGGGUAAAAAGAAGAAAACCCAAUUGAAAUUCACCAUAGAUUGCAGUCAUCCUGUCGAAGAUGGUAUUAUGAAUGCGGGUGACUUCGAAAAGUUUUUACAAGAAAGAAUAAAAGUGAAUGGCAAGACAAACAAUUUAGGAAACGCCGUAUCGAUUGAAAGGAACAAAUCUAAGGUUAUAGUCACGGCUGAUAUUCCAGUCUCUAAAAGAUAUUUGAAAUAUUUGACUAAAAAAUAUUUGAAGAAAAACAAUUUGAGAGAUUGGCUACGUGUGGUCGCAAGCACAAAAGAUACUUACGAAUUACGAUACUUCCAGAUCAAUAACGAAGAUGAAGAAGAGGAGGAAGAUAAUGACUAAUUCGUAUACAAUGUAUAUAUAUUGCAUUGUUGAUAAAAUAAAAUUAAAAUAAUUGA